AUGACUGGAGGAAACUGCACUGAGGUGGAAGAGUUUAUUCUUCUAGGAUUCACAGAUCAUGUAACCCUACAGUGUGUGCUCUUUGUGAUAUUUUUACUGAUUUAUAGUAUCACUAUUGUAGGGAAUGUUGGGCUCAUUGUGACUGUGAAAAAUGAUUCUCAUCUUCAAAUCCCCAUGUAUUUCUUUCUGAGCAACUUAUCCUUUUUAGACCUUUGCUACUCAUCUGUUGUCACCCCCAAAAUGCUGGUGAAUUUCCUGGUAGAGAGGAAAGUCAUCUUGUACACUGGCUGUAUCUUACAACUCUUUUUUUAUGCAGGUUUAGCAACUACUGAAUGCUACCUUCUGGCUGUGAUGGCAUAUGACCGAUAUGUGGCCAUCUGCAACCCAUUAAAAUAUACCACCAUCAUGUCCAAAACUGUCUGCAUUUCAUUAGUGGUACUGUGCUAUAUAGCUGGAUUUCUAAAUUCAUCCAUACAAGUGGGAUUUCGUUUAAAAUUAACUUGCUGUCAUUCCAACCUCAUCAACCAUUUCUUCUGUGAUGGACCUCCUCUGACUCAUCUUUAUUGUUCUGACAUCCAGCUCGUUCAGAUUCUGCUCUUUGCUUUUGCAGGAUUUAAUGAGGUUGCCACCACAUCCAUAGUGGUAAUCUCCUAUUGCUGUAUCCUUGCCACAGUCCUCCAAAUGCGCUCACUUGAAAGUAUUUACAAAGCAUUCUCUACCUGCUCUUCCCACCUGAUUGUUGUCUGUACUUUCUAUGGGACUGUUCUUUUCAUGUACCUGCGGCCUAGCUCCAGCUAUUCCUUGGAACAAGACAAGAUCGUAUCUGUAUUUUAUGUUGUGAUCAUUCCUAUGCUCAACCCCAUCAUAUAUAGUUUCAGGAACAAAGAAGUUAGAAAUUCCAUGAAAAAAACAUUUCAAAGAAUACCAUUUCCAAGUUAG